AUGAAGCGUUCCGAUUUCGAAUUCCUGUAUGAAAUAGGCGAAGGUUCGUUCUCGACUGUUCAUCGAACUCGAGAACGAGCAACUGGACGAGAAUUUGCUGUGAAAGUUUGUUGCAAGAAGAUCUUAAUCAGAGAACGAAAAGUACAAAAUAUCUAUCGCGAGAAGGAAGCGCUUAUUCGUCUGUCGUGUGCUGUUGAUCGUCAUCCAUUUAUUGUACAACUGUUCUGUACUUUUCAGGAUACCGACUCCUUGUACAUUGUUAUGACACUUGCCGAGGGAGGAGAUCUUUUAAAAUUACUGAAAAAAUCGGGAGGAAAAUUCAACCUAGCUACAGCUCGUUUUUAUAGUGGUGAAAUUGUCUCAGCACUCGAAUAUAUGCAUGCUCGAAAAAUAGUCCAUCGUGAUCUGAAACCCGAAAAUGUUCUUAUUUCUGGAACAGGUCACAUCCUAGUUUCGGAUUUUGGCUCGGCAAAAAUUUUGGAUCAACCGGUACCUACAGAAAUAGCUCAGUUGACAGAAGGACGCAAACGACGAUGCUCAUUUGUCGGUACCGCACAGUUUGUCAGUCCAGAAGUGCUGAACGGAGAACCGGUGCAGCAAGCCUGUGAUUACUGGGCUCUUGGAGCUGUCAUUUAUCAGUUACUAACUGGGAAACAUGCCUUCCACGACGAAAGCGAGUACCUGAUCUACCGUCGAGUUCUUCGCCUUCUUUACAAAUUCCCGGAUGAUUUUCCUAAAGUGGCAAAGGACAUUGUAAAGAAAUUACUGGUGUUUAAAGCGGAAGAUCGUUUGGGCUCGGUGGAGUUGGGUGGCGCUGACGGGGUGAAAAAGCAUCCGUUCUUCGAUGGUGUGCACUGGGAUUCGAUUACUCAGACUGAACCACCACUGCUUAGCAUUCCACAGACGAUGGAAGCUUCAUCGUGA